GGGCUACCUGGGUGUCACAGGAAAGGCCACCAAGCCGGUAGUCCGCCUCGAUGGAACAAUUCCCCGACAAUUCUGUCUUUCAUUUAUACUAUUAAGCUUCAAUCUUGUUUUAUUCUUAUCUCACUUUCGCUGUCUCCAUAUCUUCUUGGCUCUGCCUUGUAUGAUGUAUUAUCACGUGAUAUUACUGGUAUGGAUCCCUUCGACCAGAUCCAGGGAAUUUUUUCUUCAAUCAGAAGAGCUCUGGGCUCUGGGCCGAGUGUGACUCCGGAAGAUGCUGCUGCUGGAGGCCAGAGAUUCAGGGGGGCGAAUCAGUCUUCUAGAUUGGAUCCGUCAUGCAUAAGUACCCAACGGGAGCAUAGGGCCUUUUUAUGCUAUACACAGCCUGUAACUCUCCCCAACUGGCAGUAUGAUAACAACAACAAUAAUAAUAAAUCCCGCAGUAGCAUCUUUACUGUGGUUACCAGCUUACUCCGUCCAGGACAGAAAACCUUGGGCUGGUCUUCUCACAUGAGCACGAGACAAUGGCAUUGAAUGUGGAUAUUCUGCGCUUUCUUCUCUCCCUGAAACAGCAAGUCAGUCCAACACGGGACAAGGACGGCGGAAAAAGAAAAUCAAAAAAAGGCCGUUUUGGAAGUCUCCACGUGCCUGCCAUUGGAAUCCACACAGGAAGCAAAGGCGUGUGUCGUAUGCAAGGGUGUGAGACAUGCAUGUCAUCAGUCAAAUCAAGUUCCCGCCAUGUCUGCGAUGAACAGGGUAGACGGAUCUCGCAACACCCGUCAUGGCUGUCUGAAAAUAGUAUGAUUCCCUCCCAGCAGCUUGUAGGAAUUAUAGA